AUGUUUGCAAUAACAGUCGCCGAUGUCCCUUGCGGUCAAGGAAACAUUGCCACACGUACGGCGAGACUCGUUGGAGGACAAAAUGCAAUUCCUCACGAAUUCCCUUGGAUGGUGAGCAUAAGCAGGAAAGGCGGACACUUUUGUGGCGGUACCAUACUUAAUUCAAGAUUCGUCCUGACUGCAGCCCAUUGCCUGUGUUCAGGCAGUUCUAUAAUCCCCACCGGUCAAUUACGGAUCAGCCUCGGCGAGUACAAUCUGAAGGGGCCGGAAGUGCCAGCGUCGAAGGAAGAGAGAGUGACGAACGUUAUCCUGCACUCUGGUCACAAGUGCGGAAAAUACGUGGACGAUAUUGCCCUUCUGGAACUUGCAAGGCCAAUCGCUUGGUCGGAGAGCGUGAAACCCGCCUGUUUACCUGUGGCCACAGGGAAACCAGGGUAUAGCGCCUUCGGCGGGGAACUCGCCAAGGCUGCUGGAUGGGGUUGGUUCGGCGAAGACAGGUCCAAAUAUAAACGAGCGGACGUGUUGCAGAAAGUGGAGGUUCGCGUGAUCGAGAACAACGUAUGUCGCGAGUGGUACGCGAGUCAGGGAAAGUCGACCCGCGUCGAGUCGAAGCAAAUGUGCGCCGGCCACGAAGAAGGUGGCCGCGACUCUUGCUGGGCUGAUAGUGGCGGACCUUUGAUGAUCGGAAGUCAAGCCGAUGGUAACAUAAUGGUGGUGGGGGUGGUCUCAUCAGGAGUGGGUUGCGCACGACCACGACUUCCGGGUAUAUACACUAGAGUCUCGGAAUACAUACCCUGGAUCACGCAACACGUACUACGAUGAAACGAAACUCGAAGCUUUCCAUUCGCUUCACUUUCCGCGGAACUGCCUCUAUAGACUUCGAAACGCAUUUUCUCUUCGCGUAUUUAAAGAAAAAGAGCGAAGUACCAUAAGAAGAUCGAUCUUGUCAAAUAUGUAACAUAUUUUUUUCGUUGAAGAAAUUUCGAAGCAGAAACCGAUGCUUGAAUUAGUCUUAAUGGAGAUUCUUAAAUUAUUGAGAACUUACUUUAAAAGAUAGAUGUAGAAAACUAAUAUAAAGUAUAAGACGCGAUUUGUAAUACAAAUUUCGCUGAUCGCAGCAAGACUAUAGGUUUAUAGAAUAAAGUUAUUAAUUAAAU